GACUUUCAUCUCCGACGCUCAUUGAUGACGCCAUUCACACGAGACGGCCAUCGAGAUCCAAACAAACAUCUUUAGCUGAAUGUGGCUAGCCAAAUGUUACCAUGAACAGCUUUGAGAAAUAGCUUAGUAGUAUUUGGAGUUGACAAUGAUUUCGGUCAGCUAUAUUCUGAUGUGCGGACAGUUCCUGCUGCUAUUAACGGCCAUAUUGUUACAAUGUUUGGAAGGAAUCCACUCGCAAAAUUCGACGACAACGGAGACUCCUGCUUCUUCUCCCGGUCCGGUUUCUACUUUGCUCCCCUCCAGCGAACCGCCCGACAGUGCAAACUAUACGGAUCUCGAGUACAAACCUCCGUCACCCGUUGUCCUCUGCAGUUAUCUACCGGAGGAAUUCAUCUACUGUCAAGACCCUGUGGAUCACGCGGGCAACUACACUGCCUAUCAGGAGAUGGAACAUGUUGGUUGCAUCGGGUGGGGUGGCCAGACCCAAAAAGAGGUGAACCACACACGGGUUUUCUGCACUGCACUCGAUGAUAUAGAAUGUGCCGGACCCAGAGAGUUCCUCAGAGAGAAUGUACCCUGCAUCAAAUACACUGGACACUACUUCAUCACCACACUGCUGUAUUCCUUCUUCUUGGGCUGUUUCGGGGUUGAUCGUUUCUGCCUGGGCCACACAGGGACUGCGGUUGGGAAGCUGCUCACUCUGGGAGGCCUGGGAAUCUGGUGGUUUGUAGACCUAAUUCUGCUUAUCACCGGUGGACUGAUGCCCAGCGAUUAUAGUAACUGGUGCACAUACUACUGAGAGCGACAGCAAACCGCAACUAAGGACUCCGGCCACUUUGCUGUCUGAUAUUUAUCAGCCUAAUAAGGAGGACUCCCAGGACGUGGCCUCUGCCUGAGUUGGCUUACUAGAAGUGGAAUCGGGGACCUCCUGAGGGCUCCUAUGGGGUUCCCAGGCGCUCCAGUGAAAAAGGAGGAAUAAUUUGCUAUCAUUAAAAUAAAUUCAGUUCUUGGAGAAUGCAUAAAACUCAAGGCUUUUACAACA